GACCGAGUGACACUAGUAUAUAGGGAUUAUAAGAUUGACAACUUGCUAUACCAUAACGCCCAACCGCGAGUCAUCGGCGUGCUGUACCGGGAAAUGGUAACUAUCGGACAUCCACCUUCUGACGUUAUCAACCUCGUCUCGCCAGGAUCGUCAAUUGACGAAGUAGGCCAAGUGGCUCGCAUCGAGGCCGGUAUGCCGAACGCACUCCUCCUAAAUGUAACACUGGGACUGCCUACGCUAGAUCAAGCACUUUAGUGGUACUAUGAGGAAUCUAGCUACAACGCGGAGAUUGAUCUGAAAGCGUUGUUAGGCUUUUUGUGGUUUCACGGGUGCUGUCAUUGCGCAAGGGAUUAGUGCUCGCUAAGCACAGCGUCAGGCCAGCGGCAACACGGCGAACAUUUACGUGUUCCAGGUCGGUUGCUACUCGGACUUUGCCAAAGCUUUGGUUGACCAGCUUCGAAAUUCGUCGGCUUCUCAAGCCAAACUAUGA